GAGGGAAACGCGGGGAGGGAACAGAUAUCAUAUUGUUCAUUUCUCUCUCACAGUCUGCCAUCCCGGUAGCGCGGCUUAUUGCUCGGUGAGUCUUCGAGGGAGAAAGCGAGAGCGAGAGAGAGGAGGGGGUGGACAGAGCGAAAGAGGGCGGAAUGCCCCUUUACAAGCGUCGCAUCUGACUAAAACAGCGGAGAAGCUCGUAAAAAUUGGACAGGGAGAGAGACCGGUUUCUGCAACGCCAAGGUGAUGUUGGAAAACUUCAAAAGAGUUUCCACCAGUUUGACAGUGGGUGCAAAUCCACGCUGAUGUGUUGGAGAGGCCUUGAAAACUGAUGUUUCCAGUUGGAGCUGGAUGACUAAGAGGUUGACUCUGUUCCCAUUUUUAAGUUUAAAAACAAAAGCCACUUGUCUGCAGGCCAGCGUUUUUGGACUUGGAAACAUUAGGAAAAUAACACGCUAAAGGUUAUGCAUGCACUGCAGGCAUAACUCAGCAUCCCUUGGCCAAAUCUAUUUUCAAAGAAAAUUUUACAUGAAGAGUGUCUUCGCUCUGGCUUGCAAAUUCAACAUGGCCCAGAUCCUCAAGAGUCGAGUCUAAUAAAGGGAAAGUGAGAGGGGUGGGUGUCGCUCAGUCACACAUGGGCACAUCAGUCUGGUCUCUGUGAUCCAGACCAAGGCACCCUACAGAGCCCCUCGUGUUCUUCCUUUAUUGCCACUGCCCCUUCAGCUUCCUCUGCCUCGUCUUUCUCAGUCCGCACCUUGUAAAAGGUGGACGGGCCAACAAUCUACUUACCCAGGCGCCGUCCGAUAGGUGAGGGCGGCGAGGGCUGAGCUGUCAUUGGCUGGCUGCUGGUGAGAGUGCGAUGCGGAUUGGAGGAUGUCGGGGGACUGGGAUGAAGACCUGUGUAAGAAGGCGCUGGUGUUGGUGGAGGAGCUGUGCUUCAACUCCCCGAGAGGUUACAGCCAGAGUGAACGCUGCCAGGAGUUCAGCUACCUGCUGAGAGGGCGCAACAGACAGCUGGACACAGAGAUCUCUGUCAGUCUGCUGUCGGUCAUUGUGACCUUCUGUGGCAUCGUACUCCUCUCCGUCUCCCUCUUUGUGUCCUGGAAACUCUGCUGGCUGCCAUGGAGGGACAAGGAGGGCGGAGGCCUGAGUCUGACGUCGGGGUUGCUACCCGGAAGCGCUGGUGUCGGAAGCCUCGGAGGUGCCGGAGGUUCAUCACUUUUACCCCCCCUGCUGCAGAGGAAGGAGGGCCACUCCUCGUCCUCGCUUUACCCCUCCCUGGGCCAGCAGGGCCAGCACCACCCACAUUUCUCUGACUUGGUGGGGCUGGAGAGGGGGGAGGUCGGAGGCGUAAUUGGUGGGCCACAGGAUACCCAGGAGCCCUCCUACCUGGACAUGGACUCCUAUCCCAACAAUGCUGGAACUCUGAAGCUGAGUCAGACGUCUCCAGAUGUCCCCAACUCAGAGGUUGGAGCCCAGCCCCAUAAAGACCUGCCCAAUGCUCACUCCCAGCAGCAGGUCACCUCCAGGCCCAAGCCUAUGACUCACCAGCUCUCCAGCCCUGAUUUCCACGGUGAGGAGAAGGAGCAGGUAACCAGCAUUGGGCAGAUCAAACCGGAGCUCUACAGGCCCAAGGGCGAUCAGGGUGAAGGCAAACAGGGCGACAACUGCGGCAAGAUCAGCUUCCUCCUGCGCUAUGCCUUCAAUACAGAGCAGUUGGUGGUGAAGAUCCUAAAAGCUCUGGACCUGCCAGCGAAGGACGCCAAUGGCUUCUCUGACCCGUAUGUGAAGAUCUACCUACUGCCAGACAGGAAGAAGAAAUACCAGACCAAGGUCCACAGAAAGACCUUAAACCCAGUGUUCAAUGAGACGUUUCAGUUCAGCGUGCCGCUGAAUGAGCUACAUUCCAGAAAGCUGCAUUUCUCUGUGUACGACUUCGACCGCUUCUCCAGACAUGACCUGAUCGGCCAGGUAGUGGUGGACAACCUGCUGGACUUUAGCGAGGGCAGCGGGGACAAACCCGUCUGGAGGGACAUCGUGGAGGGCACUGCGGAGAAGGCUGAUCUCGGGGAGCUUAAUUUCUCGCUGUGUUACCUGCCCACUGCAGGCAGGCUCACUGCUACAAUCAUCAAGGCCACCAACCUCAAAGCCAUGGACCUGACUGGUUUCUCAGACCCUUACGUCAAGGCCUCUUUGAUCUGUGAUGGGCGAAGGCUAAAAAAGAGGAAGACUUCCAUUAAGAAAAACACACUGAACCCCACGUACAACGAGGCGCUGGUGUUUGACAUUCCCAAUGAAAAUAUAGAGAGUGUAUCCAUCAUCAUUGCCGUGAUGGACUAUGACUGUAUCGGUCAUAAUGAGGUUAUAGGGAUGUGUCGUGUGGGCAGUGAAGCUGACGGUCCGGGGAGGGAGCACUGGACAGCCAUGCUGGCCAAUCCACGCAAACCAAUAGAGCACUGGCAUCAGCUUGUGGAGGAAAAAGCAAUCGGUACAUUUGUGUCGAAGAGUGCUACAACAUCCUCCCCUAAGCCACAUAUCGUGGUGGACAGUCCUCACUCCGAUUAAAACUGUCAUUAUCAUCUCUGCAGCUCCAGACUUUCCUUUCUUUCCUCUCAUCUGUGAAUAAUUCUCUCCAUCAAAGAAAGAGAGACACAGAGACGUUGCUAGUGUCCGACUGCUAGUGCUGUUUUGCUCCUGCUAAUGACUCCUCUAAGUCCUGUGCCAUCGUUACCAAGCCAGGGGGUUAAAAAAAAGAAGAAAAAAAAAACAUCCAUCACAAGCUACACUUUGAGCAUCAGACUACACAUUUACAAACACAUGCAGACACUAAACGGUACAGUAGGACUGGUUUCGGGUGUAAAUUUGGGAUAUAACAAGGGAGCAAACAUACAUAACUCUCUCACACACACACACACACACACACACACACACACACACACACACACACACACGAAUACACACAGAGUUUGUAGUAUGUGCGUAGUUCAUGUGUGCUUCAGAUUAGUGUAGUAUUUCAUCUAGGAGGGAGUGUGAUGUGACUUUUUCUCUCUUGAAAACAAAAAAAUAGAAAAAAUAGAAAGCCAUCCUAGAAUGGUCAUUUCAACCAGGACCAAAGGUUCAUGCCCUUGUACAGACUAUAAAAGAAGAAAAUCACUAUGUUGAUAUUUUUCUUUGCAACAGUGGUGUACAGUAUGUGCCAUACUGUAUGGGAAAAACGUCUCACGUAGUUCUUAGCAGGACAAAACAUUUGAGGUGGAUUCUCCCGGACCAUUUUGGACGCCUUCUUCAGGCUCCACAUCGUCUUGUUUCAGACUUAACUUGCUUAUUUUCCCCAGAGACAGACAACAAAAGCGUCCAGUGGUCUUUAUUGAUGUCAGAGGAGCGAAAAAAAAUGAGGACAGACUCAUUGGUUUAAGCAUGUAACGCAACCUUGAAAUGUGUCCCUCUUCCUCAUGCUUUUUGUCACCAUCCUCAUGGUGGUCAUCAGUAUCUAUUUUUUAAAUUUCUCUCUGUUGUUUGUACACAUAUAACCAUCAGGUAAGGAGUUUAUUCAUGCCAUUUUUACAGUCCACUGAGGAUUCAAUGGUGUGAACUUCUGAGAGACAUGGACUGUUUUGAUCGUCCUCUGCUUUCUGGCCAAACCGGCAGACUUUUCCUAAAGUACGACUACACAGGUUGAACGAAACCUGUGUUUAGGAUUGGACCAGCAUCUGUUUGGAAUGCACUCGCUAGAGGACAUAUACCACAGGGAAGGAUAUCACCACUCUAUUUUAUUUUAUUUUUUAUCAU